UAUUUUCGCUUUAAAAAAUAUUUUUAUUAUUUAAUAUUUGACGUCAUCAGUAAAUUACUCCCAAAAUGAACAACAAUAUCAACGAAUUUCGUCAUCUUGGCAACAGUAUUUACUGCUUAUGGAUGAUUAAUAUUCAAGUAAUAGCAGCUAAUAUUCAAACUUUUUUCAAGUCAAUUCCCAAAGUCCCUGAACAUGUCACUCACCUUGCCUGUUUCCCAAAAAUUUAUUGACAAUUAAAUGAAAAACAAAGCCAAGAAAAUCAUCUGUAAAUUUUUUACGUUCUACUGUUUUUCGUCUGUAAUUAAUUGUCAUCGAGAUAUAAAGCACAAUAAAAAAAAAUUUUAUUGUAUCAUUCAUCAUGCUUUACUUUCUCAUUUCAAUUUUCUAUAAUUAUGAAGACCUCAAAAAUACUUUUCAUCCCAUGCUCAAUUUGCAAAAUUGAUUUUUCUUUUCACUUUUAUCUCAUUUUCUUCUCUUCAUUUUGUCAUAAUAUCACGUGCGUACCAUUUUCAUCUUCUCAUUUUGAAAACUUUUCUCUCAUUCAUUAGUAAAAUAAAUACAGCAAGUGAUAAAUGUUUUUUUUUUAACAAAAAUAUAAUUUGAAUAUUUUGCAAGAAAAAAUACAGAUAAAGGAUUAAGUUAAUGGAGAAAUUCUUGCUAUGUCUCGCGUUAGAGCUUGGUGCUAAACUUAUUGGAUGGUGGCAUUUGAUUAACGCAAUUUGUUGGACGUCUGUUCUUAGCUACUUUUUAUUUCCAUACAUUACUAGUCAACUAGCAGUCAUGAUGAUAUACGUGCUGUCACUACUUGUUUUUGCACUCUACAUCAAACGAUGUGUUGACUUAAUACAGGGCGCUAAACAGUGUGAUUUCUUCAGAGUUAACAACUUUAAGUCAAUGCUGCUGAUCUUCAUAGCUAUAUUUACACUACAAUUAUCAUGGAUUGUCUUAACACAUCGAACGGCAUUUCCUGUGCCUAAAAUGUUUCUGAUUAUAUUCACAGCAAUAUCAUUAGUUAUUGAAAUUUAUAGCUUUCUUGUUCUUGACGCAUUCGGCCUUAAACUUCAAGAAAUUUUAAGCAGCCGAACAGCCGAAGUUAGAAAUCACAUUUACGUAUCACCGUUCCGUGCGAUUGCCUUCUUUGCGUUUCUUGGACUAACAUUUGCAAUUGUGCUGACUAUUGUCAAACUCAAAGAUGAUGAUAACAGAGAAGUCGGAUAUCAUCACCUUAUACUUGAAAUAUUGGCAGCAAUUGUGGUCACAUAUGUGUUUAUUUGUAUACAUUCAAUUCACAAAAGAUUUAAGAGUGAGAAAUUUGGCAAUCGAGCAUUUGUAUUGAGUUAUUAGACUUAUUUGGAGAAUAAAGGUGUGAUUUUGGUUACUUUUACUAUAAGA